UACACUCCAAACUUUACCCGCAGUGUCCCUGAUCCCCAAUUAGGAGUACAGAUAUUUACAAACCCAAAAAGCUUAUUUGCAGCCAGUCCAUCCACCACCGCCGGCCAGCUUCUCCGGCCACCGUGCAUCGCGCAAACUUGGCCUGACAGAAUCCCGUGUUCUUCUCCGGCGGUGGCUGGAGAGAUGGGGUUCUCUCUGUACCCCAUGAAGACGUCGACGCGCAUGCUGUGGAGCACAAGCUUCUACCGUCACAAGUUCCCGGCCGCCGCCGCCUCCUCCUUCUAAUCAAGCAAGCUCCGGCCGGCCGGUCGAUCGCCUCCGCGUUUCAAAAGGAGGUGGGGGAGCGCGUGGUGCGCACACGCAUAUGUAAUUUUAGUGCCGCAAGAUAGGGUCUUCUUCUUUGGUUCUUGAUAGAGUUUUCUAUGGAAUCCGGCCGCCUCAUUUUCGGCUCGGCCGCGCCGUGCCGCGCUGCCGGCGCCGGAGGAGGCCAGAUGAUGCUCUUUGGCGGCAGCGGGAGCUUCCUUGGAGGCUCGCCGGUGGUGGUCGGCGUGGAGGACGGGCGGCGUAAGAGGCCGUUCUUGACAACGGUGGACGAGGAGCUCCAGCUGGACGAGGAGAUGUACGGGUACUACGGCCUCGACGAGCACGCGCCCGAGAGGAAGCGCCGGCUGACGGCGGAGCAGGUGCGGGCGCUGGAGCGGAGCUUCGAGGAGGAGAAGCGGAAGCUGGAGCCGGAGCGGAAGAGCGAGCUGGCGCGGCGGCUGGGAAUCGCGCCGCGGCAGGUGGCCGUGUGGUUCCAGAACCGCCGCGCGCGCUGGAAGGCGAAGCAGCUCGAGCAGGACUUCGACGCCCUCAGGGCCGCCCACGACGAGCUGCUCGCCGGACGAGACGCCCUCCUCGCCGACAACCACCGACUACGAUCGCAGGUGACAUCACUGACCGAGAAACUGCAAGCCAAGGAGUCGUCGAAGCCAGAGGAGCCAACCGCCGUGUCAGGCACGGCAGAUGCCGGUGUCCCAGCCGUUGAGCUGAAAGACGGCUAUGCCGCCUGCGAUGGCGCGGCGGGGCUGCUGGCCGGUUUUGCCGGGGGAGCCAACGACAGCCCGGAGUCCAACUCCUACUUGGCCGACGCGCGCUCGCCUCCGUCGUCCUCGGACGACGACUGCGCCGGAGCGGUGCGCGGCGAGCUGAACAGCUGCGCCUUCUUCCUCCCCGAGUACGCCAUGCUCGACGUCGCGGCCGCGGAGCGCGGGAGCGUCCAACAAGGGGAGGAGGAAGAGGAGGAGGCGCAGCGCAAGUACUGGGCGUGGUUCUGGAGCUGAUCGACGAGAGCAUCACCAAAAUUAGCAAUACUCCGUGUGGACGUGCAACAUGUUUAAUCCAAUCCAGAAGUGUUACAUAUUUGCUCGGUGUGUUAAUUAUUUGCCCUACUAGCAGCGUGGGUAGUGAAUUAGUGAUGCAUGUUAUGAAUAUAUAUACUCGGGUAUAGUUCAGCAGAUGUUUAGGCUGAAACUGCAUGGCCGUGCUUUGCCAGGGACAUCAGCAACGUCAUCAAGAUACGAGUGUUCGAUCUUUCGAUGAUAAUGAUAACAGUAUUAGUUUUUGGUGGAGACCA